AUGGCCUCCAGACAGACCCUUCGCCGUUCCGCCGACAUCCUCCGCGCUUCCUCCGCGCGCGUUCCCGCCUUCCGCCAAGCAGCAUCUGCGCUGAUGCAAGCGCAACCUUCCGCGCAAUACGCCACCUCGUCACCCUCCGCUUCCGCCUCCCCCGCCGUGCCGUCUGCAUCCGUUUCCGCGCGUGUUCCAUUCGGAUCGCAUGUGUCAGCGGCAUCCUUCCAGCGGCGAGGCUUCGCCAUCACGGCCACGGAGGAUCUCGUGAAGCUGCCACGUGUCAGCGAUCCGAGCGCGCUGAGCACGCUCAAGGAGGCUCUGGCGACGGGGUGGGUGCCGUGCGACGCGUCCGUGAUCGCCAAGAUCGACAAAACCAUCAAAAGCACCGAUGACGCGGUGGCAAAGGAGGCGUUGGCAGCAGUGAGGGCGGCAGCGGGGGCGGUGGAGGUGUUUGGGGAGAAGCUGGAGCUGCUGCGCCUGGAGCUCGAUGAACUCAGUGGCGGCAAGUUCGGUGGCGAGGCGGUGGGCAAGAUCCCCGAGGACGUGAAGGCGGCGCUGGCGUCGGCGCUGAGGCGGUACUCGGCGUACCUGGCGGCGUUCGGGGCGGACGAGGGGUGGCUGCAGCGCAAGGUGAAGGAGGAGCUGGGCGGGCUGCUCAUCACCGUCAAGCAGCGCUGCAGUGGGCUUGAAGAGGAGUGGAACCAGAUUAGUCUGCUGGGCACAUCGGGGCUGUCUGGUGUUACAAGUGGCUUCGGUUAUCAAAAGCGCAUCGCUGUAUGGCAUAACGUGUUGCACUCCUAUCGUGAAUUGAAUUCUCUCCCUCGUCACGGCGGCCGGCCGAAUUUCAACGACUGGGUGAAGUCAUACCGCCCUGAUUUGGCCUCGCAUCAGUUCGACCCCAUCCGCAUCCGCGCUCCCAGACAAAUACCAGAGGAGUAUCGCGACGUGCACAUCCCAUCAGAGGAGGAGCUGCAGAUGCUGGCGCAGUUUGGCCAUGCGCAUCACGCCUCCUACUACUUCAACACCAAGCCCGCUGCCGCCAUGGCCGCUGCUGCUGAAGCUGCUGCAGGGGUUGGGGUGGGGGAUCAGAAGCCCUAG